AAACAUGCGUCAUGGACAACCGAAGCAUUACCUCUUGCCUUCAUGUGUACUCUUUGGAAGAACCCUGGAUACAUCCGGUUCCGACCUGCGCCAUUUUGAUGAAACAGCGAGGAGAGAAGCAGUUUGGAUCACCGGAAUGGAUUUUAUGGAUUUAAAUUGAAGAUUUAUGUGGAUACACAACUUUCAACUUUUCGUGAUGGAAAAUGACCGUGUCCUGAAGAGAAACCCUUGUGGCAUGAAUACCUAACUGGUGGAUUUGUUAAAUUAUUCGACAGCUAAAUUGUGCAACAUUGUUAGCAUAGCACCGUUAGCUUUUGUUAGGCAUGUUUCAUAUUGUGGUAACGUUGGCUAAUCUCGAGGUGUAGCAUGUUAGCCUUGGUAUUAGCUAACUAGCUAAUUUAGCAUUCAACGUAAGAUUGCGAUUUCAGCAUAAUCUCUUUAAGGUCUAUCAGCGAUAACGUAACAUUUGUGGACUCGUUGCGGAAGCUUUCGCGCAGUUUUGUGGACUUCUUGUGGAGCUCGGUUGUCUUGACUUGACAAAUAAGAACUGUUCCAAAAAGGCAAAACAUUCAAAGACUGAUGCUUUGGAAACCCCAGGCCCGCUGUUAGCUACACAGGCGGCUUGUAGCGCGGCGGCCCGGGCUUUCCACCAAAGACAAUUCACGACGGACUUGGCCUCGUUCACACCCCCGUGAUAGAUUCACAUAGUGCUGCAUGGACUUUCCUGGAUUUGGUGGCACUUUGUUAUGUUUUAUCGGACUUUAACGAACUGACGAGGCACACGGCAUCGUUCAAUGGUGCUCUGGCCUCACAUCUCAAUUAUUUUUCUUUGGCAAUAACAAAGACUCUUUCGUCAUCUGCCAGCGGAACCCUUCCCCUAUUUUACUGCUUCUUUUGUCUACAGUGUUUCAGCGAAUAUAAAGAAGGUUUACCUAUUAAAGUCACCAGAUCUAGCUGUGUUCAGUGUUGACGCUGUUUUAUUUUGUUAUCAUACCAGGCCUGUGUUUUUUUUCUUGUGCUUGAUUGACUUAAGUGCUUAGACCUGUUAAAAUGUCGUGUGUUCACUAUAAGUUUUCUUCCAAACUGGACUACAACACAGUCACUUUCGAUGGACUGCAUAUCACCCUCAACGAACUUAAAAAGCAGAUUAUGGGCCGAGAGCGCCUCAAGGCCACAGACUGCGACCUGCAGAUCACCAAUGCGCAGACUCGAGAAGAAUACACCGAUGACGAAGUCCACAUCCCGAAACACUCGUCCGUGAUCGUCCGCCGCACUCCGCUUGGUGGUGUAAAACCUGCUGGCAGGACGUUCAUUGUAGAUCGUUCUGACACAGCUGUGGUGGGAUCUUCUAGACCCACUGAUUCGUCUCCGUCUAUGUCUCUCGCCCAACUCGCCAAGACUGCUAACCUGGUUGACGCUAAUGCAUCAGAGGAGGACAAGAUUAAAGCCAUGAUGUCUCAGUCCAAUCAUGAAUAUGACCCUAUACAUUACUCCAAGAAGGCAGUUGGACCUCCGCCUGCUCACUAUACCUGCUUUCGUUGUGGAAAGGCCGGUCAUUACAUUCGACAAUGCCCCUUACUAUUGAUCCAGGAUAAGAGUGUGGAGGGUCCCAAGCCAGUAAGGAUUAGUAAGGGCAUUCCUCAGAGCUUCAUGGUGAAAGCAGAGCCAGGCACCAAGGGAGCCAUGUUAACCAGCACUGGAGAAUACGCUAUACCUGCAAUAGAUGCGGAGGCAUAUGCACAAGGAAAGAAGGAGCGACCUCCGUUUGUUCCACACGACCAGUCAUCGUCUGAGGACGAAACGGACCCGAUCCCCGAUGAACUCUUGUGUCCGAUCUGCAACGACCUGAUGACGGAUGCCGUAGUUAUACCGUGCUGUGGGAACAGUUACUGCGAUGAUUGUAUCAGGACUACCUUGUUGGACUCAGAGGAACACAUCUGCUUUACAUGCAAACAGUCAGAUGUGUCACCUGAUAAUCUCAUCGCCAACAAGUUUCUUCGACAGGCUGUGAACAACUUUAAGAAUGAGACAGGAUACACCAAACUUGUGCGCAAGCAGGUCCAAAAUGCUGCUCCGCCUCCACCGCGCCCUCACUUGGUCCGGCCUAUGCACUCAAGACAGCAGGACCCGCUGAUGGCCAAUAUCACUCAGCCUUCUUCUACAAGUGCACCCUCCACUGCCCCUCAAGCACAGGUCCCGCCCCCUGCUCCUGUUCCUGCACCUGCAGCUCCUUCAGCUCCUACCCCUCCUCAUGCUGCUGCUGUUGAAGAACAAGUUGAUUCACCAUCCCCUGCACCUGUUGUGGACCACCACUCUCCUAUGCACUCCACCAGUCACAGUGAGCCGCCCCCACCUGGUGAGAUGGAACCAGAAUCUGCUUUGACGCCAGACUCAUCAGGAACCUCAGAAAGUGUAUCACAGAACUACCAUUUAGCUAUUAUUGGCCCCCCUCCACCUAUAAGGCCACCUCCUCAUCAUCCACCUCAUCCACCAGGUCACCUGUCACAGCCACACCACUCUCAUAGAGGGGGAGGUAGACCCUGGGAGAGGUUUUACAGAGGCAGAGGGGACCACCCCCCCACUCACCUCCAUACAGCUCCACCUCCACCUAUUCCUCCAGUGUAUCCAGCUCCGUCCAUGUACCCGCCCCCACCGCAGCCCUACCCCCCUCCGUACACCCCUGGGCCUGGCCUUCUCCCUCCUGUCAUGGGUUACCAGCCCCAGCCUGUGUAUGUCCCUGGACCACCAGGGCUCAACCCUCCCUGGGUUCCCCCUGGUACCCAGCCCCCUCUUAUGCCUCUUCCCCCCCUCCCUCAGCCCCCUCUCUCUAAAGAAGAUUUCUACAGACAGCGACACCGACAGGACAAAGUUACAUCCAAACUGGAUGAAUUUACUAAAGACUUCCACAAAGAGCUUAUGAAGUACAGAAAUGCACCAAAGAGACGAAGACCAUCUUAUUCGAGGCAGCGGUCAUACAGUCGCUCUCCAUUCAGCCGCUCUCCCUACUCUCGCUCUAGAUCAAGAUCCAGGUCUUACUCUUAUUCUCCCAGUCGAUCCCGUUCACGCUCCCAUGGCCGGUCCUAUCCCCGCUCCCCUUAUUCAAGACGCAAUGGACGUAGUUAUGGACGCUCACGAUCACGGUCCCGCUCUCGUUCAAGGUCUUAUGGGUAUCGGCGCUCUGGCUCACCACGGUCUCCUCCCCCUUUCCGGCCAGGAGGCUGGGAGGGAGCAGAAGGAGCUGCACCCUACAGGUCACGGUCUCGCUCCCCUGGCCCUCCUGGCCCUCCUGGCUUUCGGCCCCGCAGCCCUGGUGGACGAAAGCCGCCUCCUCGGGAGCUCCCACCAUACGAACUGAAGGGUCCAAGUCCCGGUGGCAAUGAGCGCUGGGAAAGAGAAAGAUAUCGACAGUGGGAAAAGGAGUAUGAAGACUGGUACAACAAGUACUACAAAGGCUAUGACAACCAACAUCCCUCACUGCAUCACAGAGGUCGUGGCAGCAGAGACCGGGAGAGGGACAGAAUGUCCCCAUUAUCUAGAGAUUACUCCCCCCAAGGGAGAGGAAGAAGAGGGCGAGAAGAGAGGGGUGCUCCCCCUCACCAUCCUCAAUCCUCUUCCUCAUCGGGGAACAAGUCCAGCACUAAACUCCUCAAGACAAAGAAAGUAAAAAAGAGGAGAACUGGGGAGGAAUCGGAGUCAUCACAUCAGUCGGUAGACAGAGGUGAUGCUACUCCUGUCAGAGACGAACCAAUGGACGAAAUCCCUUCACUCGUCAAAACGCCUCCCAUGUCCUCAAAGGCUUCAGUUGGAGCCACGUCCUCUAAAGCUCCAGCCUCUAAAAGCACUGCUCCACCUGUCAAACCCUCAACCAAGUCAACAUCAAAGACUCAGUCUGAUAAGACGAAGAAAGACAAGGGUCAAAAGGUAAAAGCUAAAGUUAAGACGGAGGGCGUGAAGGUCAAGAGUGACAAGGUGAAGAAAAAGACUGUAGAAGGAAUCGUGACCAAAAAGAGAGACUCGUCCUCUUCCUCCUCUUCUACCACGAAACCUUUGAAGACAAUUAAAACCAAACCAGAAGAUGCCCCCAACCCAACUACCCCUAAAAAGGAUAAGGGUAAAAGUUCUGCAGUAAGGCCUGCCCUGCUUAAGACCCCUCCACUGUCCUCACAGAACCUUUCUCUGCAUCAUCAUCCCUCUCUUCAUGACGGCCCGCGACCCAGCCACGACAUCCGGGGGAGAAGAGAUCUUCCACAGGGCGGUGGUCUCCUUCCCCUCCCCCAUCCACACGGACUCCCACUCCUCCACCGACCUUCCUCCCCCGACAGUCGGCGGAGGAUGGGAGAGGAGGGCCGCUCUUUACUCGGACCUCCUCCUGGAAAGCUGAGGAGAAUGGAUGGGCUAGGGGGUGGCGUUGAUGUCAUCGGCCACUCUCACAUGUCUCAUCAGCCCCCGCUCCACAGACUCCCACCUCCCUCAGACAGGCCCGGUCUUCUUCCCAUACCAGGGAGCCGUGAGAUGGGUCGGGGAGACGCAGAUCGAGGAUCCAUCCGACCUCUAAUGGACCUUCAGGUGAAGCCACUGACACAGAGGAGGAUCAAGUUGAACAGAGACCUGGGGAGAAAAGGCAGCACUGAGACGGCUCCUUCAGACAGAACACCGUCAGGUCCCGAGAAGACGACCUCCGCCUCGGAUCGAUCAGCUGCUGCUAACCACUCUGAAGGAGACCGACCCAGCAGUGCAGCAGAAGGUGCUGGAAGAAAGGAGCGGUCUGCAUCUGUAGAGAGGGGGAUCUCCAGAGAGAGACCAGGGAGUGCUGGAGAGAGACGGCAGAGCUCAGACAGAGAGCAGAGCAGAAGCUCGGGACUGGACAGAGAGCGAGACAGAGCUUCAGGAUCAGACAGAGACAGAGGCAUGGUGUCUGACAGAGAUCGGGAAAGGGUCUCAAGCUCACAGAAGAUGGCAGUUACAGUGGAGAGAGACCCUGAAGGAGAGAGGUCGGGGAGGACGGAGCGGAAGAAUUCCAGUGCAGCAGGGAGGUCUGUCUCUCUGGAUAAAAUGACCAUUGCAGAGAAAUCGUCUACCUCCAAGAGCUCGACAGACCCUCAGGAGAAGCCAAGCAUAUCCUCCAAGGAGAGGGCCGAAGGGUCAGAACGAUCGGCUAAAUCUGACAGGAGUGUGUCAAAGGACAGAACAGAGAAGAGUGUCCCUGCCGCAGAGAAACCAGCUGCUGCUCACCGAGAAGCAGUGAAAGACGACGAGGAGUCUGGUGGGAAGAGCAAAUCCAAGAUCAGCCGAAAGGUUCUGACGAGCCACACCGUGCCCUCCACUAGGUCAAAUCAAGAAACAAAGCGAGACUCGGACAAAGAUCAGAAGAGUGUAUCCUCCAAACCUGCAGAGCAGCCCCCAUCUAGUCCUGUGAACAGCCGUGGCCGCAGCCCGAGCGUCAGCCCCGCACCCAGCCCGGCCAGGGAGGAGCCACUCAUUCAGCCUCCUCCUCGCUCCAAGUGGGAGAGAGAAGAUGACGAGGAAGGCCAGGAAAACGGACUUAAUGCACCCAAGGAGCCCUCACCGGUGCCACAUAGGAGCCGAGGCAGAGAGGGGCAGACUGAAGCACCUAAACCUGUCCGGGGUGAAGGCCAGGAUGCUACAAGGGAGGAGAGGAGAGGUGUAGUGAGAGAAGAGAAGAAAGGGAGAGCACCGAGGGAGGAGGGUAAAGGUGGGAGGACGGCACAGACGAAUUCUGACAAACCAACCAAAAUAAAACUUGUGAGGGAGGAGGGGAGAGGAGGAAGAGGAAGAGAGGAAGGGAGAGCUGCCGCAAGAGAGGAGGGGAGAGGUGGAGGAAGAGAUGAGGGGCGAGGAGUGACGGGGAAGGAGGAGAGAGCGGCAGAAGGCAGAGGUGGAGGAGGACGCGAGGAGAGUCGUGGACCAGAGCCCAGGAGACAGCGCUUGUGUUCAGACCUGGGUCGUGAGACGGACGAGGCGGCUUUUGUGCCCGACUACAGCGAAGGCGAGGGCUCAGACAUGGAGAGAGGAAGGAGUGGCAGCCCCAGUCAGUCCCUCAGCCAACCCUCCACCCCCACCCUGAGCAACCACAGCGGCUCUGUGGCAACCAUCACCACGGGUGACAAGAAGAAGAAGAAACACAAGAAGCAUAAAAAACACAAGAAGCACAAGAAGCACACCGCCCAGGACAAAGAAGCAGAACAAAAGGAGCACAAGCACAAACACAAGAAGAAGAAACACAAAAAGAACAAAGACAAAGAUGUGGAGGAAGAGGAGGAGGAGGAGGAGAAGAUUGAGAAGAUUGAGAAGAUGGAGAAGAUGGAGAAAAUGGAGAAAGUAGUGGAAGGGGCUCCAUGCUAACAGGGGCUAGGCUAAGACUGUGGCCCAAAGUCUGUAACCUUCUUUGUUAAUAAGGAGAUAAUGAUGCGUCUGGAAAUAUCGGCUAACACUGGCAUGCUGCUCCAUGUGCCACUCUGAGGGAAAUGGAUGAAACAAGUCUUUGUCCAUGACUCUGGAGGGCUGUCUGGCUGUUACUCACUGCAGCAUUAUGACCGCUGCUGUGGUUUCUUCAAUGUUCAAUGUGAGACUCUUCUUUGUGACUGGGUCAGGCAAAACUCCAGAGUGACGCUGUGCUCUGCACUAUUGUGAUCAACCUAGAGCCAGCCAGAAAGGACUUUAUGGUAAUAACUGAUCACCGGGCAGUGAAUCUAAAUGAUAGGGAUGACAAACACUGUACUCAGGGAUGUGAUUGCUUCUUUGUAGAGGAGGAAUUGCUCUUUCUCUUUCUCUGAUUCAUUUGUAAAUAGAGAUGAACUGUUGCUUCACAUAAUAAUAAUUUUCCCUGUUUGUUUUGCUCACAUCCCUGUGUGCUGUUCAAGGCUGAAUAACCUUCAUUGCGAUGAGGGCAAUUGUUAGCUCUUUUUUUUUUUUUAAGGACUGUGCUUGUGGUUUUGCAUGUUUUAGCACAUUAAGAACAAAUCAUUACUUUCCAUUACUGCCGACCAUUUUCAAGCUCGACGGUCUCAUUUCAGACAGCCAGUGGUUUCUCUUUUGGUUCUCUAACUGAUGUAAAUUUAAAAUAAAGCCAAUGAAACGUUCUUUGAUAGGCUACCUAUCUAUGCGAGGUUAAUUCACUGUAAGUUGAUUUUCUUACCAAACGUAACAUUGAAUUCCAGUAGUUCUCUUUGGACAUGGUUAGCAUUAUAUUAUUUGUGAUGAUUGUGCUAAAACCGACGCAAUCCCCAGUAUGGUUCUUUUAAGUUAAAACAAACCUUUACGUAGCCAUGCUACACUGGAUUGUAUAAAUCUAGGAUGUGUUUAUUAAUAAUGUCAAAUCAGUCGGCAUGUUUUUGUUCCAAAGGUGCAGUAGCUGUCUAUCACGUUGUCUGAGUGAAUGUGUUGGUGUGAAAGUGAAAUAUGACAGAAGUGGGGCAAAUUGGAGGACUGGUGUUCUUACAAAUGACUUGUUACUUUUUUUUUUUUUAAUUAAAAAUGUUUUGACCUCAUGAAA